AUUUCCGUUGUCAGGUGGCGCUGUCGCUGUGGAAAGAUGCGAUCAGCGAAGCGCGGAGGCUUUUCCUUAAUUGCUCAUUUCGGUAACAGAGGCUAAACAACCCGAAACCAACCCUCUGUGGUCUCUCCUGUUCAAGCGAGAAGCUCCGCACAUCCACCACAGCGAUUAUCCAAGAAAUAUCCAUGUUGUAAGCAGACAACGCAGACUUUACCCGGCGGUUUUGGCUCGAGAGCUCCAGUAUGUCCAAGCGGCGCUCAUCGGAAAGGGGGGCUGGAGAAACAUCAGGCAGGGCCAGCAAGCUGCAAUGUCCUGGGAUAUCCGGCAAUAACGCCAAGAGAGCCGGACCCUUCAUCCUUGGGCCUCGCCUGGGCAACUCACCAGUGCCCAGCAUAGUGCAGUGUCUGGCCAGAAAGGACGGCACUGAUGACUUCUAUCAGCUCAAAAUCCUUACGCUGGAGGAGCGAGUGGACUCUGCAGGGGAGACUCAGGAGGAGAGGCAGGGGAAGAUGCUGCUGCACACAGAGUACUCCCUCCUUUCUCUGCUGCACAACCAGGAUGGGGUGGUCCACCACCACGGCCUCUUCCAGGAUCGAGCCUAUGAAAUAGUGGAGGACAUGGAGGCCAACAAAGUGCGCAAGAUGAAGAAGCGGAUCUGCCUCGUGCUUGACUGCCUGUGCGCUCAUGACUUCAGCGACAAGACGGCAGAUCUAAUCAACCUCCAGCAUUACGUUAUAAAGGAGAAACGACUGAGCGAACGCGAGGCCAUUGUCAUCUUCUACGAUGUGGUGCGUGUGGUGGAAGCCCUUCAUAAGAAAAACAUUGUGCACAGAGACCUCAAGCUGGGAAACAUGGUGCUGAACAAACGGACUCAUCGAAUCACCAUCACCAACUUCUGCCUGGGAAAGCACCUGGUGAGCGAGGACGACCUGCUGAAAGACCAGAGAGGAAGUCCAGCCUACAUCAGCCCUGAUGUUUUAUCAGGUCGGCCGUACCGGGGUAAACCCAGUGACAUGUGGGCUCUUGGUGUGGUUCUGUUCACCAUGCUCUAUGGCCAGUUCCCCUUUUAUGACAGCAUACCUCAGGAGCUCUUCCGCAAGAUCAAGGCUGCAGAGUACUCCAUCCCAGAGGACGGUCGUGUGUCUGAGAACACUGUGUGCCUGAUCCGAAAGCUGCUGGUGUUGGACCCUCAGCAGAGGCUUACUGCAGGAGAAGUGCUGGAGUCUCUCAGUGGCAUCAUUGCAUCAUGGCAGUCUGUUUCCUCGUUGAGUGGCCCUCUGCAGGUGGUGCCAGAUAUUGACGAUCAGGUCAAUCACUCAGAACAUCUGCAAGAGGCCAAGGUGAUAGAAGAGUCUUCACAGUACGAGUUUGAGAACUACAUGCGCCAGCAGCUGCUGUUGGCUGAAGAGAAGAACACUAUCCAUGAGACCAAGAGCUUUCUCACCAAGCGCCAGUUUGGCAGCAUCCCACCUGUAAGGCGUCUGGGCCAUGACGCCCAGCCUGUCAGCCCGCUAGAUGCUGCCAUCCUGGCACAGCGUUUCCUCCGGAAGUAGUCCCCAACGACCCACGGCGGCCUCCCUGACCACCUCCCCAGGGAGUACAGAGACCUGUGGAGUUCAGAGAGGACCGAGGAGGAUAAGCCCCGAAACUGAACUGGCAUACAGCAGGCCCAGCCUGAUCCAGGGUGCAGACAGCCCCAUGCGUAGGUGGGCUUUGGGCAAGCUAGGUGGAGCAGGUGUGAGGAGGGCACCGGAACAAACUGUCAAUUUAAAAAGCGUCCCUCCUCGUGUCUGGAUCCUCCAGUGAAACAUGGAAAAGCCCCGAAAGGAAGAUAUGAACCAAAGGUUCCUUGCCCUCAGGUCACCCACAGUCAGAUCUCACUGUGCAACCAACCUGAUGGCACAUUCACACAUGGGGCUCACACAGGGCUCGGUCAGGAGUGUUUAAGAGACCAUUAACCCCAUAUUCCUCCUCGUCCUUUUGAGAUCUCCCUACCGUAACCCUUCCCCCGUCAACUCUGGACCCCCUGAGCAAUACAGGACCAGAAUCAUGUAGCAACCCCCUUCUAGUCCAAGUGGUAAAUGCUAUUGCCUCGAGUCAGAAGCCCUGAUCACAGAUGUCACUUCUCUAUACCUCCAUUCCACCCUCCUACUCCUCACUCCUUCCUCUUCCUCUCUACUGUUCUCCCGCACCGAAAAAAUGAUCCAGACCAGGUCCCGUCUGUAACUCUGACUUCAAAUCAAUCUACCUCUCUGUCUCUCUUCUCUGUUGGUAAACCAUGCUCACUGUUCUGAGACAAGGGAUUGUAACAAUGGAGUCUUGAUGCCACCAGUGACAUAAAGCAUUAAUGUUUUCUGUCAGUGAUAAUGCUUUUUUGAAACCUCCUCAGUGGUUUCAAAAAAAAACUCUGAAUAAGCUUUUUUUGUUUUUUUUAAUCAUAUUUACCUUAAUAAGUAGCAUUUCAUCCCUACCUUUUUUGAAGAUACUUAAUAUCAAAGUAUGUGUACAUUCAUCCUUUUGAUAUUUGCAGAUUGCAUUGUCUCCUGCUUUUGCUCAGCCCUGUGGAAAUCUAUUUUUAGCAUCUAGGCAGCUAGUGUGAGGUACCUGGAAGUCACAAUGCCAAGAACUGAAUGGGAAACACUGUUGGAUACUCCCUGCCAAGGCAUAUUGAUGGUAACGCUUCCACAGUGCCAUUGUAGUGGAGAUCGGGCACUGUCAUGUUUCUAUUGCCAAAAAUCACGUCUUAUACUUACUUUUAGCCAAGGAAACUGGUACACACAGCCUCACUCAGAAUCAAAUGGCUUCCAGGUAUUCCGACUUCCCUGUUUCUCUUUAUCAGACAGAUCAUGGGGCAAGUGUUUUUCAGUAUGAAUGUGAACAGUCAGUCAUUCUACACACACUCUCUCUGUGUGUGUGUGUGUGUGUGUGUGUGUGUGUGUGUGUGUGUGUGUGUGUGUGUGUGUGUGUGUGUGUGUGUGUGUGUGUGUGUGUGUGUGUGUGUGUGUGUGUGUUUGUGUGUGUGUGUGUGUGUGUGUGUGUGUGUGUGUGUGUUGUGUGUUGUGUGUGUGUGUGUGUGUGUGUGUGUGUGUGUGUGUGUGUCGGGCCAGGCAAAAUCGGAGCUGUCGAGCUGUUCACCUCUGACAGCCACAGACCCUUUAAGCUAUCCUCCAAUCAUUUGUGUUCUGUUAUCUGGCCUGCCUCAGUGGCAGACACUGUGAAAACCAGAGCAGGCUUUGCUGGGACGGGGCUUGACUGAAUGUUUUAGCGAUUUGUCACGAUUGUCAGGAAUGCUUUCUUAAGAUUGAAAAAUAUCACAUUAUUAUUACUAUUGCCAUUCUCAAGCCCUCUCUCCAGCUCAACUUGUACAGGCUUGUAUUAUCUCACCAUGUAGCUCUCUAUACAGAGAGACUAGCUGGUGGCCGGUAAUCGAUACUUGUAAUAUUUCAUAGAGAAAUGAGAACGGACUCAUAGAUUUUAUGUUUAGUUGCUGGGUCUUCUUGGCUAUUGAUUCAUUUUUUUUUUUUUUUUUAAACCAUGGCAAAGCUACUAACCAGUGACUGUUAGGCAUCUGUACACUGCAACUUGCCUUUGCAUAUUGGUACCUGCUUUAUGCUAUCUAGUCUUCUUCCUAUUUAUAUCAAACUGAUUGCAUGAACAUAGGCUCUGGAAUAUUUUCAAAUGUCUUUACUUUAUUUUUUAUUUUUUUCUUGUAAUUUCAUGUUGAUUUAUUUAUUCACUUGUGUAGACCCCCCCCCCCCAAAACCACUGGGGCUUGUGUCACAGACUAGGCACAGCUUAUGCUAGUGAAACCGGCCCUUAAACUCUUUGCUUUCUCAGCUUUAAGAAAAGGUGUUCACUCCAACAGUGGGUCUCAUUUUGAUCCUUUUCAGCCACAUUUACGAAAGAGUAGCAUCUGUUUUUGUGUUUGACUUUUUGGAUUCCUAAAUAAUUUUCUUGCCAUUUUACCACAAAGUCUGUGGUCAACUUAAGCUACACUAAUAACGAGACUGACGUUGCAUAGUUAUAUUUUUUACAGAAAACAAAAUGAUACUCGCACAUUAUCUUGAUUUACGGGACAGUUUUUUUUUUUGUAGUGUUGUGUUUUUUUUUUUUUUUUUUUUUUUUUUUUUUCCUGUCAUUUACCCCACACAAGGCUGCACUCUCUGGUCAGUAUGUAAAUAUGUACCAUCAUGACUGUGGCAGUCAUCUUGUAUUUAGUUCCACCCAGUGAGAUACCAACUCUCAACACAUGUCGGUUGACGUGCAUUAUAGGCCACGUUGGCCAUCAACCACCACAUCCAGAGGCUAAAAUGAUAUGGCAAGAGAGCAGUUGGCGUUCUCCCACCUCAAUGUGAAUUACAUGGGUAUACAGCAGUAUUGUAGUAGUCUAGGUUGUUCAUCAGAAAAGGGUGUUUCAUGAACACCAUAGCCAUUGAUGAAUACUGACAUUAAGUGAUCUGUCUGUGGAAAGUGUCUUACGCCAUCUUCCAUGAUGCCCAAUUACAGAUUAGUAACUACAGGUUCAAUGGAGCCUUCAUGUAGAUGUUAUUUUGUGUCUCUUCCCCCCCCCCUCCCCCCCAACUCAAAAAGUGUUUCACUUCCUAGCUAGUGGAUUGUACCACAUUCAAUGUUUGUUUAACAGAGUUGUAUUGGUAGACUGCAAUGUGGACUGAAAAGCAUGGCCAUAGUGUGAGGUGUAACUCUGUGUAAAACAUGUGACUGUUGCAUGAUUUUAAACUUGCAAGGUGUGCUAGAGCAACUGAUGGAGAAUUUGAAGAUAAUUUACUCCUUUUGGUUCAUACGGGAAUCUACAAAGCAAAAAUAGAUAUACACUUUAAUUGGAUGAGUAGUACAAUCUUAUUCAUUUUAAAAAAUUUUGUUUUUAUGAUGAUUUUCACCCUGCUUCUAAAGUCCAAGGUCUUCAGUAUAUAACCAGUAUAUUGUUGACUGUUUCAACUGGAAACAUGGUGUAGGAUAUGACAUGUGGUGUAGUUAACUUUAAACCCAAUGGGAUAAUGUGUUGUAAGCUGCUUGGUCAGACAUGGGCAACUAGAUACAGAAAAACUGCGUAAUUGUACAGAUGAAAAACAAGUUUGUAUAAAUAACAUAUUUUUCUACUUCAUCAGAUCUCUACAUGCAUGUCAGCAAUAAACUUUGAUAUGGAAACAUGCAUCUUUCCCCCCCCACACCCCUCCAGUCUAUGAAUUCUGAUGCUUCCUGUUACUGCCAGUAGGUGGAGCACUUUCUUAAAAAAUAAACCCAAACCCAGCAGAGGGCACUUGUAGGACAUCGUACUGAAUGUUCUUCUUUGUUGGCUUCCACAUAGUUCUCUACCAUAUGUGGACAAUGCGAUCUACAGAAAAUGUCCAGUUGCACAGCGCCAGCCUUCUGAAUGUGCUUUUACAUGA